AAUGAUGAUUUAUAUCCAAUAUCUUGUCGCACAAACUCGAAGAUCUACAAGCGGAAACUAACAAGUUGACAGAAGAGGCAGGGCAGUGAAGACGGGACUUCAGGUGAAUGUAGAGAAGACAGAGGUUAUGAAGAUACCCAACCAACGACAACAAGAAGCACCAAUCACCAUCAACGGGAGAAAUCUGAACGAAGUUGUUUCUUUCAUCUACCCAAGCAAUGCAGCAUCAUUUCAACUACAGGCGACGGCACAGAUGAAGAUGUCAGAGCAGCCGGGAUCAUAAAGAUGGCAAGACAGGUCUUCAUUAACCUGAAACCAGUGUGGAAAUCUACUGCACUACACUGCACUCAGCGUAAAGAGUGAACAAGAUCCAGAUUUUUAACACUAAUGUCAGUCAGUACUUCUAUGUUGAUGGUUGAGAGACUUGGCGCUUUACGAAAAGCAUUUCCAACAAACUACAAAAAUGCACAAACCAACAGCUGCCUACGCUCACUCGAUACUGACACUGAAGAUCAGAUGGAUAGCCAGAAAGAAUCAGCAACAAGUAACUCUGGCUGGCUGGCAACGAACCGGCCAAGAAGCCAUCACUCAACAAAUAUGCAGAGGAAGAAAGUGGAGAUGGAUUGGUCAUACACUGAGAAGACUGAUUGGGGACAUCAUGCUCUAGGUCAGGCCGUCGCGUGGAACCCAAAUGGGAAACGACUAGUUGGGCGUCUGAGGCGAGGGUGAUAUGGAGGAGAUGGUGUGAGGGAGAAAUGAAAGCUUGUGGUUAGUGGUGGAGCCAGGUUGAAAAGACUGGAAAGAAGAGAGUGAAAUGGAGACGUGCUACUGAACCCCUAUGUU